AUGAACAAAUGUAAAAAAAAUAAAAAGAGCAUAAAUAAAAAGAGUAGUUCAGGUGUUGUCAAUAAUAAUAGUAGUAAUAAUAAUAAUAAUAAUAAUAACAACAAUAAUAAAUCUACCACUUUACAAGCCACAGUAACCAGAAUAUCGAUUGAAGAUGAUAUACCACAACAAAGACAACUACCACAACCAUUAUCACAACAAGAACAACAACAACGACUACAACAUCAAAAACAACUACUACAACAUCAACAUCAACAAUUACAACAAAAACUACAACAACAAAAACUACAACAACAACAAAAGUUAGCACAAGAAGUACAACAACUUCAGCAACCAAUCGAUGACUUAACACUUGAUGAAAUUACAGAAGCAUUAGAAGAACAUUUGAAUGAAAUUUUAAUACCAGCUGAUACUUUACAACUUGAACAAAGAUUUGAAAAUUUAUUGUUAAACUAUAAAGAAUUAUUUAAAGAGAAUAUUCUUAAUAAAUAUCAAUUAGAGGGUACUAGAGAAAGAUAUAAUAUAUUAUUUAGAGGAUUACAACAAAAGAAUAUGGAUUUAGUUGAAGAAUCUAAAAGAGUAUCUGAUGAAGAAGAAAGAAAAAGAGACUUGUUAGCAAAUAAAUUUAAUGAAUCAAUUAAAGAUAUUUCAAAUAGAUUAGAAGAAUUUAAUGAUCAAAGAGAGAAAUAUUCACAACAUGUUGAAUUAUUACAAAAUAAAUUAAAAGAAUAUACAGAACAAUAUGAAAGUAGAGAAAAACAAUUUUCUAAUAUUUUAAGAAGUAAAGAUUUUAAAAUUGGUCAACUUAUUGAGAAUAAUCAAGAAUUAAAUGAAGCAAUAAAAAAGAGUGAUUUAAAAUCAUCAACAAUGUAUGAAAGAACAAGCACAUAUUCAAAGACAAUUACAACAUUAACAGGCUUUUGUGCAUCAAUUUCAAGAGAAAGAGAUAACCUUUUAAAAGAGAGAGAAACUCUUUUAAAAGAAAGAGAUCAAACUAAAAAUGAAUUGGAUAGUUUGAAAUUAUGUCAGCAAUUUGAAUCUGGAAUGAUGAAAACUGCUGCAAACAAUAUUCAUUCAAUGGACGAUGAAUAUGAUGAACCUUUUGCAAAUCAAAAUAUAACUAACAAUAAUAAUAAUGAUAAUAAUAACAAUAACCCCAAUAAUUAUCUUAAUAACAGUCAUAAUAAUAGUAAUAGUAAUAAUAAUCUUAAUAAUAAUAAUAAAAAGAAAAAUAAUAAUAAUAAUAAUAAUAAUAAUAAUAAUAAUAAUAAUAAUAAUAAUAAUAAUAAUAAUAAAAACAACAAUAAUACUGAUAAAGGAAAUAAUAAAAGUAGUUGUUUAUUUGAUGUCGAUUAA